CUUCUCUUUCAUUUUCUUGUGGUGAAGUAAGUCAACGAUGGCUAAAUCUCCAGUGGAAGUGAAUCUGAUCCCGAUCGAAGCUACUUCCGAGACCUUCGCAGACUAUGGUCAAAUCAUCGAAGCCUCUCGUGAUGGUGAAACUUUCGGUCCCAACGACGCUCAAUUGGAUCUCUCCAGAGGAACCCCACGGUUAUAUAUAAUGCCGCUCCAAGAUACAUCCUUUGGCUUUUCGAAGAUCACUCAUCACGCAAACGUGACACAGUGCCUAGGAUCAAUAGGAGCUCAUGUUUGGUAUGUUGGAGUGGCUAAGCCGUCUCUUAUUGAAGAUGAUGAUGAAAGGAGAGAAGAUACAGUAGAAUCAAAGUCUGGUCACUUGUACGCUCCUCCUGCGGUGGAAGAGGUGCGCGUCUUCAGGAUCUCAGGAACAAAGUUUGUUAAAUACAACCGCGGUACUUGGCAUGUUGGACCGCUCUUCAAAGAAAGCUCCAUGGACUUCUACAAUCUUGAGCUCACCGACACAGAUGUGGUGGAUGAGACGACAUAUGAUUUCAGGAAGAAUAAUGGAAGCCAAUCUUUCGCUUCCAUUUUCUUGUGGUUCACAAUGGCGAAAUCUCCGGUGGAAGUGAAACUUAUCCCGAUCGAAGCUACUCCGGAGACUUUCGCGGACUAUGGUCAAAUCAUCGAAGCCUCUCGUGAUGGUGCCUCUUUCGGUCCCGACGACGCUCAAUUAGAUCUCUCCAGAGGAACCCCACGGUUCUAUAUACUCCGGCUGGAAGGAAGAUCCUUAGGGUUUUCCAACAUCACACAUCACGCAAAUGUGACACAGUGUCUAGGAUCAAUAGGAGCUCAUGUUUGGUAUCUUGGAGUAGCUAAGCCAUCUCUUAUUGAAGAUGAUGAUGAUAAUGGAAGGAGAGUAGAUGCACUAGAAUCAAAGUCUGGUCACUUGUACAUUCCUCCUGCAGUGGAAGAGAUUCGCGUCUUCAGGAUCUCGGGACCGAAGUUUGUUAAACUCAACCGCGGUACAUGGCAUGCUGGACCCUUGUUUAGAGACGGCUCCUCCAUGGAUUUCUACAACUUAGAGCUCACCAACACAAAUGAGGUGGAUCACACGACUCAUGAUUUCAAGAAGAAUAAUGGAGUCAUCUUCCGAUUUGACCCCUGAGAUGAUACAUCGUCCUCCUAGCUCAAAUCCUAUCAGUGUGCUUCUGUUUUUAUUGUAUGUAUGUAACUACUACUGCCAAUACUGUGUACACUGUACACAAAUUGGUUAUAUGCAAUAAAAUACCGGUUUAAGU